AUGUCUCGGAUAGGAACGUAUGUUUCGAAUUUUGUUAAAACAGCACUCCAUACAAUUCAACCCAACAAGGUGGAGGAAUAUCCAUAUGAACAGUACGUGACCGAAUACUCUUUAUGCGAAAUGGUAGACCAAGUGUAUGAACAGUUUUACUUUUAUAAAAUUGCUAACUACUACGAUGUGGUGUACGUGUCCCCUCCCAUUUCAACAGACGACUUAUCUCGCAAGCGAAAAGUGUAUAGCCUUCUUCGUUAUCAGGGGGACGUUAAUGAGGGAGUCGCCUCAUUUAGGCAUUAUGCGGAAAUAUUUCACCUAAUGAUGUUGAUUUGUGCCAAGUAUUGUGUAGCAAUUGACAAACUUUGGCUGGAGAAACUAAUGUUGCUGUGCCGAAAUCAUCCUCAUUGGACUCUGGCUCACUUUGCUGCUUGCCUCAAAUUCAACGAGGCUUUUAAGGAAGAACAGGUCGUUAUUCGGAUAAACGAGGCGGAUGAGGAUACUGGUUCUACUCCGCUCCACGUUGCCGUGCAAGUCGGCGGGAUAGACACGGUUCGGACGAUUUUAGCUCUGAGCCAAACUCUCGUGAACGUUGUUGACGCCGCUGGGAACUCCGUUCUUCAUUUGGCAGUGACCGGAAAUUCUCUCGAAAUCCUCGAGAUUCUACUGGAUAUUGACCCAAAAGAAGUCGAUACUACCACUACGCACGAUUCAUCCGACCACAAACCCAUGGGCUUCAAAAAUUCAGUCAAACCGGACGUAAAUGCCAUCAACGCGGCCGGUGAAACUUGUCUCUACCUAGCCACCAAGAGCGACUCUUUUGCGAUCGUCGAAACGCUGCUACGAGCAGGCGCCGACCCCACUAUCGGCACCACCGACCGCCUUCCCAUCCAUCUUGCUGUGGAGAAAAACUCGCAAGCCUUCGUCGAACUCUUAUGCAAUCACUACCCUGAUGUGAUCAAUUUGCAAACACGGGACGACAAGUUGUCAGUUUUACAUAUCUCAAGGAAAAUGCCAAUAUUCCCUUAUCUGCUGAAACUUGGCGCUGACGUUAACCUUACAAAUUCCUGUGGGCGCACCGUGCUCCAUGACGCCGUGCAAGAACAAAACCUCGACACCGUGAUGCAACUUCUCACCCACGCGGCCGACGCUAACAUCGCCGACAACAACGGAGUAUUUCCACUUCAUCUGGCAGCCUCGAUUUGUCAAGACGUCCACAUAGUUUACGCUCUGAUCGCCUUCGAGGCCGACCCCAAUGCCACUGAUGCUGAUGGUCUUUCCGUGCGCCACUGGUUGUGUCGACACAAGUCCACUGUAUACCAGCAAAGCCCUGCGAGGGACACGAUUCUGUUUGCACUAGACGUUGUGCGGGCUCGCCGCUGCCCGCCCGGCCUAGCCGACUGCACCUCUGGCUGCGUCUCGGCCGCUUCUGUGUUGCAGCCCCAGGAGGUUCAACAGCAGCGGCGCAGUUCCAGCUUCAGCUACUUUUCCCAAAUCCUGCGUGACAUGUCCUUCACAUCCCUUUUGACCGACACCGACCCAACCGCUAAACUAUUCAACGGCACCCCUCCUGACCCCAUUCUGAGCAAUCCCAACUUGACACAUGAUCUCGAGACUGACCUCUUCUUGCACCUCGCGACCACAAACCUCACACCUUUUAAAUCGUCUUCUUCAAGUAGACGUUCUGGUGAUCGCGCUGUUGACAAAAGCGAUCCCAUUCCUCGUAAAGCUGGUGAAGGGGACACUACCGAUUUCGAAGUCCCCGAGGCUUUGGAUUCCGGCAACGAGCCGCACGAUCGCGACAUUCCUGAAAUAACCGAGGCUAGUUCCCAAACCCCGUCCGGAAGGCCAGUUGGAACCGCAUCUAUGCAUAAGUUGGCCACGAGAGAUUCCCUUCAACCGACUCCGACUAACCCUAACCCACAACCCUGGUACAGACGACCGCUCGUCCCCCGCUUGCUGUCUACCGCAUCCUCCAGAACGCCCUUGAAGGCCAAUGCUGCCCCCGUGGCGUCGAGCGCAGUCGCGUCUCCAGCCGCCGCCCAGCGCAUCUCGCGGAAUCGCUCGAAACUCGAGUGUUCCGGUCGAAACUCGAGUGUCCCGUGCUGUCUAGAAGGGAACGCUCAGCGUUCACCUCUUCGUCCAAGUGAAAGAAGUCUGGCUGACAAGACGUCCGCAAGAAACAACGUGGUUGACAAUUCCCCUCCCUACCGCGCCCCACAAGCCCCUCCAGAGGUUUCAAAAAGUGAUGAAAUUCACCGAGACCCAGAGGGCUUCCGAAUAGGCAAUCGAGGCUACAGGGUGCUCUGUUUGGACGGAGGAGGUAUACGCGGGUUGAUCUUGUGCCAGAUCCUUCGUGCCAUUGAACGAGCCGCAGGCAAACCCAUCCGGGAUCUGUUCGAUUGGGUUAUUGGUACCUCAACGGGUGCAAUGCUGGCUUUAAAUAUUGUCCAGGGAAAGUGUGUGCAGCACAAUCGGUGUCUGUACUUUCGGCUGAAGGAAAAGGUUUUUACCGGAAGCCGACCCUACCCCACUGAGGGACUGGAGGUGCUUUUGCGUGAGGAGUUCGGUGAUCAGUCCAUGAUGACGGACCUGCCCGAUGUCAGGUUAUUAACUUGGCGCGUCGAGGAUCGUUUGGGCGACAAUGAUGAAUCGGGGUUUCUAACAAGUUGUGGAAAAGAGGUCGCGCGCCUCUACUCGGUCGGUGGCUGUGACUCGGCCUUUGUGCUAACUCCCGGCUGCGUCUUUCGGCGCUUUCGCACCAGACCGGUUUCGUUGCUCACCCGUUACCGUGGUGGCCUCACCGCCGAAAGUCGUGUUCAAGUUGCAACAAACUCCAGAUUGUCACCCCCGCCCCCCCCUCCAGUACUUUUACUCCCCACUUCGAGUAUUAAGGUCGCUCCAAUGGCUCCUAACAAGCGAUUGUCGCCACUUAAGAUAAUCGAACCAAAUGACGGUAGUUGGAUGGCGCACAGGUUGUGGUCUCUUGGUGCCACACCUUUUAUCGGUGCGUCUGCUGGGAAUGACCCUCCCCCACUGCUAAGAGCCACCAGCGAAUGCGGAAUGUCAGUUGAGAUUUCGAGACAGUGUUUUCAGGCUCUCGCCCUCAAAGUUAGGACAUCGAUCAAGGCAAAGGGCGAGCCCCGUUCAAAUGCGCGUCGACUCCCGCGUCUGGGAGUCUCGGUGACGGCUUUACGAGGGGACCACUUCCCUCCACGCUUGCACAUGUUCCGUAACUACCCAGCACCCUACGAGCGAAUGGAGCAGCUAGUCUCUGAAUUAGUUGAAGAGCGGUCUCUCUCACGUUCACCGAAGCCAAUCUCCCCUUCCAUUCUUUCUGAUGCCGCUGUCGCUGACACCGCUCAGAUUGUCAACGAAAACCCAAUGGCAACCGAUGUGCCUUACAACCGACUCCUUGCAGCCUUCCUUAAGGACCUUUUUGGUGAGAAGAUUAGGGAAGUUGGCAAAGAUAGUGAAGAAGAAUCCGACCUGCUAGAAUCCAUUAUCGCCCUGCUAUCCUCCUUCUCACGAAGAUAUAUGUGCAGCUCGAAGGGGUUCGAAAAGCCGGUGCCUAUUACGGAACAGCCGAUCUGGCAAGCCGCUCGGGCCUCUGGAGCGGCACCCAGUUACUUCCGUGCGUGCGGCCCCUACCUCGACGGCGGAAUGAUUGCGAACAAUCCCACGCUUGACAUUCUCACGGAAGCACAAGAACUCAGCAUUGUUCGACGACUUCGUCGGGAGCCGAAUAUUCCUAUUGCAAGUGUGACCUCUCUGGGGACGGGUCGCAUACCUUUAAGAGAGGUUCAACAACUUGACGUCUUCCUCCCUCAGAAGGUGUCUGAUGCCUACAAGGUGGCUAUGGGGGUGACUGAACUGUCACGAAUGCUCGUAGAAAUGGCCACAAUGUCAGAAGGUAAGAUUGAUUACCUCAUCGCUGUCUUUCUUCUCCUACACUCCCUCAAUUUACAAGGCCGAGUUGUGGAGCGUUCGCGGGCCUGGUGUAGCUCCAUGGGGAUCCCGUUUUUCCGAUUCAGUCCCAUGCUAUCUGAGAAUGUGAGCCUGGACACGAAGGACACCAGAACCAUUCUGCAGAUGUUAUGGGAGACCGAGGCGUAUCUCUGCAACUGCCAUGACCGCAUCGAUAGACUCGCCGAAAGUCUCCUCACUGAAUUUCCCUAUUCCUCGUCCUCCGAGACAAACUAG